UCCUGGGAGGCCGCCCGCCGCGCUAGCGCGCAGAGCGAGCCCCUCCCCGGCUCCAGCCCGGAUCCCAGCCCCGGACCCCGGACCCCGGGCCCCCAGCCCCACGCUCUUACGAGGGGAGGCCCCGCCCGCGGCACACUCCGGUCCUGCCCGCGCCCAAAGGGACCAUGACCUUGGGCCUCCCCGGGAGGAGUCUUCUGAUGCUGUUGAUGGCCUUGGGCCUGACUCAGAGUGACUCCAUGAAGCCUUCUCGGCGCCCGCUGGUGAACUGCACGUGUAAGAGCCCAUACUGCAGGGAGCCUACCUGCCUGGGCAUCUGGUGUACAGUGGUGCUGGUUAGGGAGCAGGACAAGGACCCCCAAGAAUAUCGGGGCUGUGGGAGCCAGAACCAGGAGCUCUGCAGGGGGCACCCCACUGAGUUCGUCAAUCAUUACUGCUGCGACAGUCCCCUCUGUAACCACAACGUGUCCCUGGUGCUCAAGGCUACUCAACCUCCUACGAAGGAGCCAGGAAUAAGCCAGCUGCCUCUGAUCCUGGGUCCUGUACUGGCCUUACUGGUCCUGGUGGCUUUGGGUGCUCUGGGAGUAUGGCAUAUCCGGCGAAGGCGAGAGAAACAGCGGGGUCUACGCAGCGACCUGGGCGAGUCGAGCCUCAUCCUGAAGGCAUCUGAGCAGGGGGACAGCAUGCUGGGGGACUUCCUGGACAGUGACUGCACCACAGGCAGUGGCUCAGGGCUUCCCUUCCUGGUGCAGAGGACAGUGGCGCGCCAGGUUGCUCUGGUGGAGUGUGUGGGAAAGGGGCGCUAUGGAGAGGUCUGGCGGGGCUUGUGGCAUGGUGAGAGUGUGGCAGUCAAGAUCUUCUCCUCCAGAGAUGAACAGUCAUGGUUCCGGGAGACAGAGAUCUACAACACGGUGCUGCUCAGACAUGACAACAUCCUAGGCUUCAUCGCCUCCGACAUGACCUCACGCAACUCCAGCACACAGCUAUGGCUCAUCACUCACUACCACGAGCAUGGCUCCCUCUAUGACUUUCUACAGAGACAGACCCUGGAACCCCAGCUGGCCCUGAGGCUGGCUGUGUCUGCUGCCUGUGGCUUGGCACAUCUGCACAUGGAGAUCUUUGGCACGCAGGGCAAACCGGCCAUCGCCCAUCGUGACCUCAAGAGUCGCAAUGUGCUAGUCAAGAGCAACCUGCAGUGCUGUAUCGCUGACCUAGGCCUGGCUGUGAUACACUCCCAGGGUAGUGAUUACCUGGACAUCGGCAACAACCCGAGAGUGGGCACCAAGCGGUACAUGGCGCCCGAGGUGCUGGAUGAGCAGAUUCGCACUGACUGCUUUGAGUCCUACAAAUGGACUGAUGUCUGGGCCUUUGGCCUGGUGCUGUGGGAGAUCACCCGGAGGACCAUCAUCAAUGGUCUUGUAGAGGACUAUAGGCCACCCUUCUAUGAUGUGGUGCCCAAUGACCCCAGCUUCGAGGACAUGAAGAAGGUGGUGUGUAUUGACCAGCAGACUCCUACCAUCCCCAACCGGCUAGCUGCAGACCCGGUUCUCUGUGGCCUGGCUCAGAUGAUGCGGGAAUGCUGGUAUCCCAACCCUUCUGCCCGCCUCACCGCACUGCGCAUCAAGAAGACCCUACAGAAACUCACCCUCAAUCCAGAGAAGCCCAAAGUGAUCCCCUAGUCCUGGGGCACUGGACUCUUUCUUUCUGUGGUGGGGGGUAGAGGGGGAAGCCAGGAAAUGGGUGGUUAUCUGGAUGGAGGUAGUGUGAGGGUAUUUAAUGGGGUGGGAUUGCCUCCCCAUGGGGCAGCUGUGCCUGCCCAACUUGGCCUCCCCCUUCCCCCCCUCAUUCAGCCAAAAAUACAGCUGGGCUGAAAUCUGAUCCCCGCACUGUCUGGCCUGCUCAAAGUGGCUGUCUCCCUGACGCCUGUUUUCUCCCCCCAGCCCCUUAUGCCAGUGGGGUGUACCUCACCACUCCCUGGGAAGGAUGUAGCACCGGUUCCAAAGUCAGGGUAGCCAAGCUAGGGAAUCACAGGUCCAGAGCUUAGUCCUGCAACAUCCCUGCCCUUAGUCAACACUGCUGCCCCACCAGAGCUGCCAGCGUGGACAUGCCGCCCAGCCAGACCUCAGCCUCUGGACCAUCCCCCAGAUACACAGGGCUUGGCUCUGUCACAUCUUGGUUUUCCAUAGACAUACUGGAAGAUUUGGACUUAACUUCUUUGAAUCUUCACCAGCUCUGAUUUUCCUUGAGUGCCAACCUAUGUGCCAGCUAAGUUCACCAAUCUCAUCUGUUCCUAUUGCCCUGACCCUUGGCAAUUUGAAAAUGAGGACUGUUAGUGUGUGGUGAGGGGGGGCGGAAUAAAGCUCCACUUCUUGCAUUUA